AUGUUGGAUGAAGAAAAUGUUUUAGUCAACACGUUCCGAAUGGUAAAGGAAAAAAUUAAUCAAGAAAAUCUCUCGCAUGUAAGUUUAAGGUUGCUUGGCAAGACUUAUAACCUACCUACUGUUUCUAAGAUUGAUGUUCUUGUGGUUAGUGAUUUUGAUGAAGCCUUGGGUGGUCGGGAUAUUAUUGUUGAAAAAAGAUCUGGUCGAUUGCAGCGUAUUGAUGAAUUGCAUCCUUCUUAUCUUGCACUACAGUAUCAUUUGCUUUUUGCUUACGGCGAGGAUCAAUAUAGUGAAAAGAUUGGUUUAUCAGGUUCUGGCACUUCUUCGGGCAAUAGAAAGAGAGUUAGCCCAAAAGAGUUUUUUUCAUACCGAUUGCAUGAUAGGCUGAAUGAGUGUUCUGUUAUUUUGUAUGGUCGGCGGUUAUUCCAACAAUUUGUUGUUGAUGCUUAUACCAUGGUUGAGACUGGCCGUUUAUUGUUUGUCAGAACACAACAGAAAAAAUUGCGUGCUGAAAUGUAUAGUGGUUUGGCUGAGGCUGUACUUCGAGGUGAUACAGAUGGUUCUAUGCAUGGUAAACGAAUCAUUUUGCCUUCCAGUUUUGUUGGUGGUGCAAGAUAUAUGAUCCAAAAUUACCAAGAUGUCAUGGCCAUAUGUAGAUGGGUUGGUUAUCCAUCUUUGUUGAUUACAUUUACGUGUAAUCCAAAGUGGCCAGAGAUUGUUAGAUUUCUUUCUGCUAGGGGCUUAAAAUCAGAUGAUCGUCCUGAUAUUGUGUGUAGGAUUUUUAAAGUUAAGUUGGAUAGUUUUGUAAGAGAUCUUAAAACCAAAAAAAUCUUCGGAGCUGUGAAAGCAGUGGUGUAUACAAUUGAGUUUCAGAAGCGUAGUUUGUCACAUUCACACAUUUUGUUUUUUUUAAGCAAUGAGGAUAAACAACCUCGGCCUCAACAUAUUGAUGAGAUUAUUUCUGCUGAGAUUCCUGAUCCAGUAACUGAUCCGGGCUAUUUUGAGAAUGUGAAAGAGUAUAGGGUGCAUGGUCCAUGUGGUGUUGUUCGAAAAUCUUCUCCUUGCAUGCGGAAUGGAAGAUGUUCAAAAUACUUUCCAAAAAAAUUUGUGGGUGCCACAACUUUUGAUGAUGAAGGUUAUCCUGUUUACAGACGUAGAGAUAGUGGUCGUGUUAUUAUGAAAGAUGGGGUGCCCUUGGACAAUAGAUACAUUGUUCCACACAAUCGUGCACUACUUAUGAAAUAUGGUGGUCAUGUAAAUGUCGAGUGGUGCAAUCAAUCGCGAUCCAUCAAGUAUUUGUUUAAGUACAUAAAUAAAGGUCAUGAUCGCGUGACUACAUCUUUUUUCCAGUCUGGCCCAAAUGGUUCUGAUCAAGUACAUGACGAAAUUAGUUUGUACUAUGAUUGCAGAUAUAUUUCGUCAUGUGAAGCUGCUUGGAGAAUUUUGGGGUUUGAGGUUCAGUAUAAGGAUCCAUCCGUUGAAAGACUAAGUUUUCACCUUCCUAAUGAGCAGAGCGCUAUUUUUUAUGAGAGAGAGCGAUUGGAUAAUGUUUUGAACCGGAAUACAAUACAUCAGAGUAAGUUUUUGGGUUGGAUGGAUGCAAAUAAGAUUUAUUCUGAGGGUCGUGAUCUCACUUAUGGUGAAUUUCCUACCAAAUUUGUCUGGAAAACAGAUCAUUGGCAACCUAGAAAACAACGUUUCUCCAUUGGGAGGUUGUUUUAUGUUCCUCCUAGUUCUGGUGAUAUCUAUUAUUUGAGAUGUUUAUUGAACAUUGUUAGAGGAGCUGCAUUAUAUGAAGACAUUAGACGUGUGAAUGGAGUUCAGUAUAAUACAUUCCGAGAUGCCUGUUUUGCUUUAGGAUUGUUGGACUUUGAUAAGGAAUAUGUUGAUGGCAUUAUUGAGGCAUCAUUUUGGUCUUCUGCCCAUUCCAAGCAAGAUUGUUGGUUGUUGUUGAGCGACGAGGAUGUCCAAAAUUUUGCUUUGGCAGAGAUUGAGAAAUUGUUGUUAAAUGUUGGAAAAAGUUUGCGUGAUUUCCAGGGUAUGCCUUAUCCGAAAUCUGACUUUGGGAAGAGUUUGGACUUUCUUUCUAAGUUUAUUGAUGAACAACUUCAUGUUCAUGAUACUAUUAUGUCAUCUGUUGACUCAAAUGUUGGAGGAAUGUUUUUUGUUUAUGGUUAUGGAGGUACUGGUAAAACUUUUAUCUGGAGGUCUUUGUCAGCUGGGAUUCGUUCGAGAGGUGAAAUUGUUUUAAAUGUGGCAUCCAGUGGCAUAACUUCUUUGUUGUUGCCUGGAGAUUCGAUGUGCAAUAUAAAACCUGGGAGUGCGCUUGCUGAACUUAUUGUUAGAGCGAAGCUUAUCAUAUGGGAUGAAGCUCUGAUGAUUCAUAAACAUUGCAUUGAAGCUGUGGAUCGGACUUUUAGAGAUAUCAUGCGUGUAUGUGAUAAGUGUAGUAUGCAGAAACCAUUUGGUGGAAAAACUAUUGUUUUUGGUGGUGACUUUAGGAAAAUCUUGCCUGUUGUUCCAAAAGGUAGUAGGCAAGAUGUUGUGAAUGUUGUUAUCAACUCUUCUUACCUUUGGAAGUAUUGUACGGUUCUGAGGCUUACAAAAAAUAUGAGACUGUUGAGUGCUGGAUCAUGUGAUGAAGCGGAACGUUUGAAGGAAUUUUCUUCUUGGGUUGCUUCAAUAGAAGAUGGUGUUCUUGGUGGUCCAAAUGACGGUAAAGUGACUAUUGGUCUUCCUUCUGACAUUGUUUUGUCUAAUUCUGGUGAUCCUUUGAAAACAAUUGUUUCCAAGAUAUAUCCAUCUUAUAUGAAUCAUGAAGAGUUAAGUGGUUGCUUGCGAUAUCUUGCUAUACUUGCUCCUACAUUGGAGAUUGUUGGCGAGGUCAACCAAUUCAUGAUGUCGUUGGAUCAGUCUGAAGGCCGUCUUUAUUUGAGCUCUGACAGUAUUGCUAACUCAGAUUCGACAUCGGAUGGUUUAGUUGCGCUGCAUUCUGUUGAGUUUUUGAACAACUUGAAGUGUUCAGGUACACCUAAUCAUGAAUUGUUGCUGAAAGUUGGUACUCCUGUCAUGCUCCUAAGGAAUAUAGAUCACUCGAAUGGAUUAUGCAAUGGCACAAGAUUGCUAAUUACACGAUUAGGUGAUUAUGUUUUGGAGGCUCAAGUGUUGGCUGGCCAUAAUGUUGGGCAUAAAGUUCUGAUCCCUCAAAUGUCUUUAAUUCCUUCUGAUCCAAGUCAUGGACAAUUGUAUGUUGCUAUAUCUCGAGUUACGAGUCGUGCAGGUCUGAAGAUUUUGGUUUGUAAAGACGAGGAUGUUGAUAGUAGGGGUGAUUCGACUGUUAAUGUUGUUUACAAAGAGGUUUUCCAAAACUUAUGA